AUGGCUUCAGAAACACCACCAAGCUCGGUUCGGCUCGAGCUCACAGAAGUCGAGACCAAGCUCCGCCAACUUCUGCUCGAUGUGGCUGCCUACAUUGACCAACAGCCCACUCCAAACGAGGAGCCAACUGCUGUCCAAGUGCCGGAGAGCCUUGCAAAAGAGAAGAUUGUACUCCGCUGGACAGGAGGCUGGGUGCGCGACAAACUGCUGAAAGUGGGCAGCCACGAUAUCGACCUUGCCAUCAACAAGAUGACAGGUGAGCACUUUGGCCUCAAGCUGCAAGAGUACCUGGAGAUACCAGGAAAUGCCGAGAAGCAUGGUCUGAUGGAAAAGACCGACGAGACCGACGAGACCGACGAGACCGACAAGACCGACAAGACUGACAAGACCGACAAGACUGACAAGACCGACAAGACUGACAAGACCGACAAGACUGACAAGACCGACAAGACUGACAAGACCGACAAGCUCAGCGGCAAGGACAAGGCGAAAAGGAUUGCGCCUGGCCUUCACAAGAUCGAGGCCAACCCUGAGAAAUCAAAGAACCUGGAGACAGCAACAACCAACAUCAUGGGUAUCGACUUGGAUCUCGUCAAUCUCAGGAAAGAAACGUACAACGAGGUCUCUCGCAACCCCCAGAUGGAGUUUGGCACUGCUGAAGAGGACGCUGUCCGAAGAGAUGCCACUGUCAACGCCAUGUUCUUCAAUCUGCAUACAUGCCAGGUCGAGGACUUUACAGGCCAAGGCUUCGACGACAUGGCUGCCAAGAUCAUACGGACUCCGCUCGAACCCGUCCAGACCUUCAAGGACGACCCACUCCGAGUGCUGCGUCUGAUCCGCUUUGCUACCCGGCUGGACUACAUCAUCGACUCCGAGACGGAGAAAGCCAUGGCGAAUCCAGAGAUCCAAGAGGUGCUCAAGAUCAAGAUCAGUCGAGAACGUGUGGGCAUCGAGCUGGAGAAGAUGCUAAGGGGCCCUCGACCACGAAUGGCGCUCGAGCUCAUCAACCGCUUUGGCCUCUACCGAACCGUGUUCACGGAUCCCACAAGGCACCUCCCAGCCGAGCCCGAGACAAGCCUGUUCCAACCGGCUUUCGAGUUUGUCGACUCUGUUGUCCACGGCAGCUUCAAGGACUCUGUGAUUGCAGACCAGCUUGUUCGUAAUGCGGACGAGCAAUACCUCGCUUGGAUCGGCGCUACCAUGAUGCCAUGGGCCGACGCACCAACUGUUCCUCAUCAGAAACCUCUUCAGCGACCCUACUUCCCUGCCUAUCUCGUGGCCCGGGAGGGGUUCAAGGCUCCCAACAAAGUCUGCGAUGUCGUUGCUGCUUCGCUAAGCAGCAGUCAAGAGAUCCGCAGCCUAGUGGCACAGUGCGCCAGGGGUCUCCAGCGCCCUGACACCAUCAACCCGACCAACGAUGCGACUGCCAGAGAUACAUUGGGUAUGGCGAUCCGCCGUUGGGGCUCGUCAUGGCGGACACAAGUUUUGUUCAACUUGAUCUACGAGGUCGUGCUCGGCAACACAUCGCAGGAGCAACUUCUUCGCUCGUACUCUUCCUUCCUCUCGCACCUCGCCAAGCUUGAGAUUCUGGACGCAGACACCUUCAAGCCUCUGCUCAAAGGCACCGAUCUUGCCAAAGCCCUCUCCACCAAACCAGGUCCUUGGAUGAAAGAUGCUCUCGAUGUAGUCAUGGCCUGGCAACUGCGCAACCCAUCAGCUACCGAUCCAGCCGAAGCCAUCGAGGCCGUCAAGAAGGCCAGAGAGAGUGACAGUGAGCUUCCCCAACGCCUCGCCUCGCACUUGCUCAAGCUUACCAUACCACCUUUCUUUCCACAGACUAAGCCGACCAGCGCAAUCGAGCUGCCGUCCAAGCCCGCUCCAUGGAAGGAUCCACACAACGACUACGUUCUGGGCCUGCUGGGCUGGUCGAUCAAGGCGCUCGAUAGGAAAGCAAUAGAACAGAACUGGCAUCUACUAGUUCCACCUAUCCUUAAGAUGAUCGACGACGCCGAGGCCAAAUACAAGGCGAGAGGGUGCCAACUCCUUCAACAGCUGCUCUCCGCCCUCGUGUACCAACCGCGACCCAACGAUGUGCCCACGAAACCCAGCCCAAGCUUCUCAUCCCAAACACCCGCCGCCUUCCUCGUACGAACCGGCUACCGCGCAGUCUUUGCUUCGACCCUGUGGCCUCUGUUCACCUACAUCCCCUCCCUCACCCCAGAAGCCGAGUCGGUCAUCAUCUUCCAAUCCCUCUACGACCCGCUGCGCUCCCUCGCCACGCUCUCCGUGUCCCCAGCCAAGCAAACCCAGUUCCUCGAUAAGCUGAUACGCGAAGGCUGCCUAGCGCCUCUAUCGCACCUGCCCACACCGUCGUCGUACCCAGAUCUCGCGUGCACGAUCCUCCGCCAACUGCCCGACACGAUACCACUCCUCGGCAUCGAGACAAUCAAGCAUCUACCCAGCCUGAUCCCCUUGCUCGCGUCGAUCCUGCAAGAUCCGUUUGUGCUGGCCCACGGGCAUCUGUGUCUUGCGGCGCUCGCGGCGCUGCAGAGCGUGCUGCAGAAUACGUGGCCGAGGGUGCCCGCGCACAGGGCGGCUGUUGCGCUGGGGUUGAGCGUGCUGAGACAGCGGUGUGAAGAGGAAGAAGAAGAAGAAGAAGAAGAAGGAGAAGAAGCCAUUGACAAAGGUAGCCAAGAGGUAGCUGUCAGGACGCAGAUCAGGCACGAGCUCAAGCAGACGGCGGGCCUGCUGGACGUGAUUCUGAGCCACAGCGAGGUGAGGCAGACGUGGGAGGCGGAGAAGAGAGAGCUGGUGCGCGCGGACGAAGGACUACAGGGCUUCUUCGAGGAUGGAUGA